AUGGCCACCACUCAGCAGCUGGGAAGAUGGCGCUUAGUGGAAAGCAAAGGCUUUGACGAAUACAUGGAGGAGGUAGGAGUGGGAAUGGCUCUGCGAAAAGUGGGUGCAAUGGCCAAACCAGAUUGUACCAUCUCUUCUGACGGCAAAAACCUCACCAUAAAAACUGAGAGCACUUCAAAAACAACACAGCUGUCGUGUAACCUUGGAGAGAAGUUUGAAGAAACUACAGCUGAUGGCAGAAAAACUCAAGUCUGCACCUUCACAGACGGCGCGUUGGAUCAACAUCAGGAAUGGGAUGGGAAGGAAAGCACAAUCACAAGAAAAUUGGAAAAUGGGAAGUUAGUGGUGGAAUGUGUCAUGAAUAAUGUCACCUGUACUCGGGUCUAUGAAAAAGUAGAGCAAAAAUUCCAUCCUCAUUGUGGACAGGAAUUAGCUGUGAGGAUGAACAAGCUCAGUUCAAUGAGCAAAUCUCCAUACUGCUUUUUUUUUCAUUACUGUGUUCAAUUAUCUUUAUCACAAACAUUUUACAUGCAUCUAUUUCAAAGUGUUGAUUUAAUUAGGAUCAUUCCUUUGGUUAGUAAAUCACCGGAACUUGUUUGCAAAACAUUGAAGGCACUCAUAAACUUGACUUUGCAGGAAACGCACAACCUUGACUCCCGCAACCAAGGUCUAGGGAGCGCCUGCUGUCGUCCCCACCCCACCACCAAGGUGCUGGACCCGGAAGUCCGCCGCCCGAAGCAGGGCCGCAGAGGCCAUCUGGCGCGGAAGGCAGGAGCGGGCCCUCGGUCUCCCACCCUUCCACCUCCUUCCCUCGCGCUGGCCGCCCCCCGCGCACGCCCGCACGCCCACGUGCACAACCUCCAGGCACGACCCCGGGAUCCCAAAAGGCAGAAGCCCCUUCUCGGCCGCCCCCGCUCCUUCCCCGCGGGCAUGCCUAGCGCGCCCCACUGA